AUGUCCGCAUUCCGCCCCUCCGCCCACGCCCUGAUAACAGGCGGCGCCUCCGGCGUCGGCUACGCCGUCGCGCAACUCUGCCUGAAACACUCCAUGCGCGUCACCAUCGUCGACUCAUCCCAAUCCUCCCUCGACCACGCCCGCAAACAUCUCUCCGGUAACGUCCAAUACAUCCAAGCCGACGUCUCCUCCCGCUCAGACUGGGCCUCAAUCCGCCAACAAGUCGGUCUCGACAUUGACUUUCUGAUGCUAAACGCGGGUAUCGGCGGAAAAGGUACCUGGGGCGAUGAAGACUACUUUGAUAAGAUCCUAGCUACGAAUUUGGGGGGCGUGGUGAAUGGGUUGAAUGCUUAUGUUCCGAGUUUUAAGGAGAGGGCGGGGAAGGAGGGGACGGGAAAGGAGGGGAUGGCGAUUGUGAUCACGGGGAGUAAACAGGGAAUUACGAAUCCGCCUGGUAAUCCAGCGUAUAAUGCUAGUAAAGCGGCUGUGAAGACGCUGGCUGAGCAUUUGAGUUUCGAUCUGAAGGAUACGGGUGUUGGGGUGCAUUUGUUGGUGCCGGGUUGGACGUUUACUGGGCUUUCUGGAAACGAACCAGGCUCUACCAAGGCUAAACCAGAAGGUGCAUGGUCAGCUGACCAAGUCGCUGAUUACAUGUAUGCCAAGAUGCAGGACAAGAAAUUCUACAUCAUCUGUCCUGACGAUCAGGUCACGGAGCAGACGGACAAGAAGCGCAUGUUGUGGAGUGUUGGAGAUAUCGUGAAUGAGAGACCACCCCUGACCCGAUGGAGAGAAGAGUACAAGGAGGAAGCCGAGAAGUGGAUGGCGGAGCAGAAAGUGUAG